AUUUCUUAUUUAAAAUGCCUAGGUGCCAAAAACUGUUACAUGACAUAUUUUUCACUGUUGUUUGAAAUACAUCACGUAAAAAUCAAUGUCUAGGGCAAUAUAAAUGUAAACACCAUCACAAAACAGGUCAUCGGUUUUUAUUUAGUAAUACCAUAAAAGAGUAGACUCUUGUGUUUUUCUCAUUAUUGAGGUUAAAACAAACAAUUUGAAUAAAAUUCCAAGACAAUCAUAGGAUUGCAGACAAUCUACUAAAAUUACUAAAUAUUUAAACAACAUAACUGCAACACAGGUUUCUGGCCGUCUUGAAUUUGAUUCUGUCAUGCUUGUAGGGAAUAAACCCAUUUUUAUGCCUAUAAAUAAACUCCUGAAUGAAAAUUGAAUCGAGUGCAUAUUUUUUAUAUUUCAAUUCAUUAUAAAAGAUUUAUUUCAGUUUGAGUACACAAAUCUAUAUUAAAUAAAUAAUGGUUAGUGUUUUGGAGUAAUUAUACAAGUCACAAUUUGUUUUACUUCUAUUGUUUUUAGAAUGUGAGUCAAUGUUUAUUCGUAAUUAACAAAAUUGAUCUACUUUUUUGCCAACAUAUUCAAAACAUUUCUCGUAUCUAUGGAAACUAGCCUAUUUGUUGACAAAAGUGACUCAUGUUCUCACUAAAAUUAUUAUAUUUUCUGCCCUUUAUCAAAAGCUGCUUAGCUCAAAUUGCUCCAGGAAAUCUUACUGACCUGACAAUUUGUAAAAUAAGCCAUGUGGGUAUAGAGUAUACAGGCUUUAUUUCAAAAACUGAAUCAAAUGUGCGCUGCCAAUCGUGGGACUCAAGUGAACCGCAUAAAAAACUAUUGCAGAAAUCCUGACAAGCGACCCACCGGGCCUUGGUGUUAUACAAUGAAUAAUGAUUUGAUCUAUGAAUCGUGCGCUAUACCACUGUGUUCCUUUUCCCAAUGCAGAAUUACUGGUCCAGGUAUAGAAUACGGAGGAACACAAAGUAAAGGUUUUUCUGGACGAAAAUGUCUUAAAUGGGAUAAAAGCCGCAAAAAAGUGUUUGUUGACGGGAAUUUCACUACAUUUGCGAAGUUCGAUAAUCAGUUAUUCCCUGAAGGGAGCGUUUCAAAAGCAAAAAGGUACUGCCGUAAUCCCGAUGGCCAGAUUGGAGGGCCUUGGUGUUUUAUAGAAAAUGAAGAGAGUGAUUAUACAGAGAAGGAGUAUUGUGAUAUUCCAUUUUGCCAAGAACCGGAGUGUAUGGUAUAUACCAAGAAUUACGAUACUUAUAUGCACUAUACUGACUUUAACGGUAGCACUUUUACAAAUUUAACCUUCGGUCUUAGACUUUGGGAUUCCGAUAAUAUUAAUAAUGCCAGUGCCAGAUUGGUGCUAAGUGUGCUUGCUUUACCGGUAACUGGCAAAGAGUUGCAUCAUUUGGGAAUAGGAAUUGAGGUAUACAUUUCAAAUAAUGUGUCAUCUUUAAGGUAUGGUAAUAAUGACAAGCCAGAAUUUGAAGAAACUCCAGCUAUUAUAAAAUCAACGAAUUUUACGACUUUUUCUUUAAGUUGGCAUAGAGGUUUUAUAACCCUUAGUCUGGAAGGUGAAGUCAAACCCAUAUUUUUAGCGGAAAUGAAAACUAAACACAACCUUGUGGGUUUUGAGAAAGACAAAUUUAGUUUUUAUUCUGCUCAGGGUACUAAUCUGAUUUGGAAUUUUCCGUUUUGUAUGGACGAAUGUGAUAUCCAAACUACAACUGGCGAACAGUUUCAACAGUUUUGGCCACUAAGAGAAAAAGAUUUAGUGUACGAUUGCCAGCUAUAUGUUAGAGCUGUCCAUUCUGCCAUGAUUUUGAUAGUACCAACCCCCGCGACAAUGUAUCCGUAUUUCAAAAUUGUGUUUAAUGGCCAAAAUAAUUACACAAAAAUCACACUUAAGGAAUAUCAAGGAGGUUCUGAAGUUGUCCUAGAGGAACUACAGCUGGAGAAUAUUAUCAGCUAUUGGGAAUGGAGUGAAUUUUCUAUUUCCUUCUUUGCAAACAGUUUGCAGAUCUAUAUGAAGAAAACUUUAGGGAUGCAUUCACUUCUUGAAACGAAACACGAAGCUUUUAGAUUAUUUCGAUGGUUUAGCGUUAGCUCAGAUAAUUCUAUAGCUCACUGGAGUUUCUUUUGUCAACCUCCCACUUGGGCAAAUCCACCUCCUGCAUUUUUGCCAGAAUGUGCAUUAAAUCCACAUGAAUCGGAUUAUAAAGGAACUCAGGAUAUUACCAGUAGCGGCUUGCCAUGUUUGCCGUGGUCUGCUUCCGAUUUUUUGUCAGUUAACGUGGAUAUGCUAUUCAAAAACGAGUCUUUGAUUUUUCAUUCGAAAAAUUACUGUAGGAAUCCUGAAUCUUCCGAGGAAGGUGCGUUUUGUUACACUCUGUCUUCGAAGCCCGAAAAGAAGGUGGCCAAAACCAUUUGCCACUUGAGAAAAUGCAAAUCUGAUUUAUGCAAAAUAGCCGGUACAGGGAAUGACUUUAUUGGUCAAGUUUCGGUAACACGCUCUGGACGGCCGUGCGAUUAUUGGGAUCCGAAUCCUCAAAAGAGUGUUCAUUUUGCCUAUAUGUAUUCGUUUAACGGAUCAUACUUUGCCGAAAUGAACGCAAGAGAUGCAAAAAACUUUUGCCGAAACCCAUCCAGGGAUAUUUCAGGUAGUUGGUGUUAUACCAGAGAUCCCGAAGUUGUUCAAGAUGUGUGUAGUGUUAGAGAUUGUGACAAACCUGAAGAAUGUAUAAUUAUUAUUUCAACCAGCAAUAAAGAACGAAAGAUUUUUAUACUACCACAAUGGAAGGAGGUGGGAUUACACGGGGGUCUACGUUUUGGCUUAAAACAAUGGAAUCCGGAUUAUUUAGGUGGAAUAGCUUUUCAUAUAUUUCCCAGAGAGGGUCAAGAUGAAAUUACAUUUGUGAUAGGAGCUCAAUAUAACGAAAAAGUAGAACUUUAUUUUAAUAAUGAGUUGACUCAAAUAAAAACUUUUCCACACUUAAUCGCUGCAGGAAAAUGGACAGAAUUUUGGUUACAAGUCAGAAGAGGAGAAUUAUUAUUUGGUCUAGAGGGUGUGCCUGCUCCAUUAUUUGAAUGGAAGCAAGUGGAUUCGAACAAAGCUUUUGAACCUAUUUUUAUAACAUACACAUCUCUAUUUGAUACUUUACCAAUCGCAAUUUUUUUUAAGUGUGAUGAAUGUCACACCGAGAAUACAACCGCUAAUAACUUCCUUAAAUUCAUUCCGAUUGGAUUAGGAUCUCUAACUGAAAGUAAAAUCUAUAGAAAUUUGACAUUGAAAAUGAGGGGGGUAGGAGUUGCUUGGAUUUCUUUGAUGUGGGUGACUAACAAUUUAAACUCAUAUCAAAUUAAACUGGAUACGUUGGCAGGCCAAAUAGGUCUAUAUAGAGUCGAGGCGCCUCCUCAGGGUACCGUGGGACUGUCAUACACACUUGUCGAAAAAAAUGGCUUUGAAAAUUUGUUACUUGCUAAUAAUUGGACCAAAUUUGAUGUGUCAUUUUUUGAAAGAACAAUUUCCAUUACGAGAAACAAUGAGUUAGUUCUUCAGUACAAUAAUAACAAACCAAUUUUGGCCUAUUGGUUUUCAAUAGCUUCUGCACAUGGCUGGGUAAGUUGGAGUGCCAACUGUGAGCCAUUGGAACUGGAUGGUACACCUCGUGAUGGUGGAUGGUCGCCGUGGUCUUCGUGGACUUGCAGUGUAUCUUGCGGCGGAGGAGAAGGUUAUAGGACUAGAACCUGUUCUAAUCCUUACCCGAAUAUAUUUGGAAAAUUGUGUCAAGGAAGUCCCACGGCAACAGUUCAAAAGAAAGAGGGUUCAAGGGGAUUUACAGUGGUAUACAAAGGUAUGUGGAGAUUAACGAAAGGCAAGAAGAUAGAAGUGGCUAUAAAGAUGCUGACGCAAGAUUCAAUGGAAACAUACCUUAAGGAUUAUUUAAAUUUGCUAGGUCAGUGGUCAUUUUUGCGAUCGCCAUUUAUAGUUCGUUUGUUCGGAAUCGCUUUCAUAAAUAACAUCACCUCAGUUUUGGAAUUUUUUAAACUGGGGCCGUUAGAUCAAUAUUUACGAGAUAAAAGAGGCAUAUUAAAAAGUGUAGACUUAGUGGAAGCUGCUAGUAAUUUGGCAUCGGCAGUCUGGCAUCUAAAAGAGAAUGAUAUUGUUCAUGGCAAAAUCAGAUGCAGAAAACUUAUGGUAAGCAGUCAUGAUGAAAAUUCAUUUACGGUCAAACUCACAGAUCCUGGAGUUCAUACGUCCUAUGAACCAUCCGAGGUUCACUGGAUACCAGUCGAGUACCACGGAAGAAAUUUGGAACACUUUAAGAAAACAACAGCGGCUGAUGUUUGGGCACUGGCAACCACAUUAUAUGAAAUUUUUACUUAUGGCGCAGACAUAAAAAUUAGUUUAUCUGCAAAUUAUCAACCGGAUUAUGAGCAAACUAUACGCUGGUAUGCUAGUAGGCGUCUCCAAAGGCCUCCAGACUGUCCAAAUGAAAUUUACACUUUAAUGCUAGAGUGUUGGGAGGCAGAUCCCCAUCGAAGAAAACAGCCACAAGCAAUAAGUCGGGACAUAAAUCAGUUGCUGUAUCAGGUAUACAACUCUCGAAAAAAUCAUUCUUAUGCUACCGUGUCGAAAAAGCCAAAUGGCCCCUCCAUAAGGGAAGUUUCAGGUAAUUCAGAAAUUGGAGUUAUUUCUUCACCCGAUUGCGAUAGUUCAUUGUUGGACAAUAUUAGUAUGUCCGAUGCUACAUCGCAACAGUAUUUGUUACCUUCUCAUGAUAUAGCAAAGUUUGAUAUUACCAGUGAAAUUUCGGUAUUUUUCCCUAACAUCAGUUGUUCAACAAUAACAACUUCGUUAGAAAGCUUGAACUCAAUGCAAAGCGUUUUUGAAUUGGAUGAUAAUUGGGAUGUCAUUUUACAAGGGAGAAUAGGCCAAGGAUUUUAUGGAGAAGUAUUCAAAGGCCAAUUAGAAAAGACGGGUAGCAAUGGAAUGGAAGUAAAAAGAGUUGCAGUAAAACGACUUAAAUCCUCCACCGAAUCAUCUUUGUGUUUACAAGAUUUUGAACGGGAAAUAGAAAUCAUGAAGACUUUACGCCACCCAAAUAUAGUAGAAAUUCUGGGAGUUCUUCGUAAUCCAGAGAUUGCUCUUGUAAUGGAAUAUGUGCAACAUGGAUCAUUGCAAAGCUUCUUAAAAAUUAAUAAGGAAACUCUGAAGGCUGCGCAACUUUUAAAAUUUGGUUUAGAUAUUGCAAAGGGUAUGGAAUAUCUGGGAAAGAAGAAUAUUGUUCAUAGAGAUUUAGCUGCUAGAAAUAUUUUAGUGGCUGAUGAAAACCACGUAAAAAUAUCUGAUUUUGGAUUAGCUCAGGUGAUGGGUGCAAACGAUUAUUACAUUUUGAAAACUCCCAACAGGGAAUUGCCAAUUAGAUGGUAUGCACCUGAGAGUCUUAGAGAUGGUAAAUUUUCAGUUAGAUCGGAUGUUUGGUCAUUCGGAGUUACUAUGUGUGAAAUGUUUAAUUAUGGGGAAGAACCUCAACUACCAAAUAUAAAGGAUUAUUCUGAUGGACAAGAACCACAAGCAUUACUAGAUGCAAUAGAGGGUGGUGCCAGAUUUCCAUGUCCCGCCUUUUGCCAGCAGGCCAUUUACAUACGCGUAAUUUACCCUUGUUGGGAAAAUGAUCCUCACAAACGACCACUGUUUCGUCAGAUCGCAUUGGAAAUUGAAGAUUUGCUGAUGAUACAAUGAUUUCAUACGUGAAAGGAAUAAAAGUACAAUUUUAAAUUGAUUGUUAAUAAUAAACACGCAUUUGUCGAUUCCAGUUUUGCUAAAAUGUUAAAUUUGAACUAAGAAAUUUCACAUAAAACUGAAACUAGCUUUUGCUUACAGCAUUGUAUCAACAGUUUUGUUGUGUAAUAAAAUUGUAUUAAGAAUCUUAACUUAAUAAAAUUGUAUUAAGAGUCAUCAUAUGGAUUGCUGAGUUAAUACAAAAACAAGGAGUUGUACUGAGGCUUCAAACCAAAUCCGGAAAAACGCUAUAAUAAAAUACUAAUGAAAAGUUUAGUGUGAUUCAAGUAGAAAAUAGCAAAUAGGUACCAGCUCACUAGUGAAAAGGUGCCAAGAAUAGACAAUCAGGUAUUAACUUUAUCAUGUUCUAGGUAAAACGUGUUUCAGUAUGGCCUCUUAAUUUAAUUUAGUUAUAUUAAAGCAAAAAGAUUUUGGAUUUGAAGGGGUCACACUGAAAUCUUUAGCUUUCAAUGUGGGUAUGUCUUAUUUAUAUUAGGGAUUCAAACCUCCCUGAUUUUUCCGUAUUUGGUUUGAAUUGACAAUGUAAUCAUUGUCUGAUUGUUGAAAAAUGUACAAAUUUCUAAGACUUGUAUUUUGAUGAUGUUGUAUUAAAGUUUAAUAACUUUUUGAAACGUCAUUGAUAUUUGAUUAUAAAUUUUCCUGGAAAAUUGUGUAGGUGAAAUUAGUUUUGUUCCAACUGCAGUCAGAAACCGGUUUGGAACAGUAAAUUCUUGUAACAACUGAUUUUUUGAUACAAUGAAUGUUUUUGACUGAGAGGAAAAUUAGUUUAGUGACAAAUUUAUAGUUACAAAUAGUCACCGCGCGAGCGACUCAAUGCCCAUACGGCCUACAAUAUUACCAUUACGGUAUAUGGACGUGUUCAAAAACCUUCCUUUAGAAGGAGAUAUCGUAGGAGACCAUUAUUUCCCAAAAAAAACUGAAAUGAUAGAGCAGGUUAUUAAAAAUGUAAUUAUAAAAAAGUCUUUCUUGCGAAACAAUGUUGUUGCGAUUAGCACAAUAUGUUCAUAAGACAUUCGAAAAUAAUUUAAAUUUUUGUGUUCAAAUAAUUCAUUAUACAUAUACAGUGUGUCCCACUUAAGAACUAUACACACUUGUGAAAUCUUUAUUAAUGGAUUGAUUUUGAAUUUUUUUUGUUGGAUAGAUCUCUGAGAAAUGCACUAAAACCUUGUUUUGCUUAUUGCCUAAACUUAAAGUCAUGGCCAACUGGGACUAUUUAACAAAAGAGAUAGACGAGAGAAGUACUAUUAGCGAUUUAAAAAAAAAAAUGGCAACUAAUCAACAUAUUUAGGCCUACAUAAAACCUAACUAUACUAAUUUCCCAUGAGGUUCGCUUAAGCAUACCUUAAUUUUGAUCAUUGUUUUUUGCUGUAUAGAUCUUACUAAAGCGAAAUGAAACGGUUUUUUCAUAUAGCAUCGACUAAAGCGUGGAUAACUGACACAUUUUUUUUAAAGCUGAAAAUCGAAAAGUAGUUCUGGAGAUUUUUUCAAAUUGAAGAUGAGAGACACCGGAUUCCUAUUCAGGACUACCUAGAAGUUUUUAAAUUAAAAAAAAAAAUCCAAAUCUUGGAUAUAACGAGUAUUUUCUAUGUGAUUUUAAGAUCUUACAAAUUUUGAUUAUACAACUUUUAAAAAUAAUGAUAAAAAAACUUUAAGGGACAUUUAUUUUUUAGUAUCAUCUCAACACAAAAUGAAUAAUUCUUAGUAUUCGAAAGAUGUAAACAAAAAUAAAAUAUAAAUUAGCGAGUGAAUUUGACAGUCGAAUAUUCGCUUCACCAUGGCAAACUUGAUUGUACAAAGGAAACAGUAUGUCGACGUCAAUCAAUUUUGAUACUUCCGUUAUUUUCAUUAUUAGAUAAGAAUUAAAAAUCCUUUUUAAUUAAAAAAAAAUACAGCGUUUUUAAGUUAUUUAGUUCAUAUCUAAUCCUCUAUAAUCAUAUUUAAUUUUAAGAAAAUCAUUAGUGUAUGUCGCCGUCAAUCAAUUUUGAUACUUCCGUUAUUUUCAUUAGAUAAGAAUUAAAAAUCCUUUUUAAUUAAAAAAAAAUACAGCGUUUUUAAGUUAUUUAGUUCAUAUCUAAUCCUCUAUAAUCAUAUUUAAUUUUAAGAAAAUCAUUAAUGUCUAUCCAACAAAAACAAACAUUCUACAGGAGUAAUGCUUCAGCGAGGUGCCCGCGAUAUUUCGAGCACCCUGUAUUCGAGUCCCAGUUUGCUAUGACUUCAUGUUGAUGUAACAAGAAACAUAAGGUUUUUACAAUAAAUUAUCAAAAUCAAAUCAAUCAAAGAUUUUACAAUGAUGUGCAACCUUAAUAUUAAUAAUAAUAAUCUUUAUUGCUUAACAGAUUAACAUCCAUUUAGAAGACCAUUUCUUCUUAACUGUAUAUAUAUUAACUAUAUGUGUAUUAACUAUAACUGUAAUAAGUGGUAAACUAUAUUCACUCCAGCCAAGUAAUAGUGAAACAUACAACCGAUUAUAGUAUUUCAAAUUUCCGUUUAAUUGAUGUGGUAAACUGUGAGCGACUAGGACAAAAAACUUCAAUAUCAUUGCAGAAGUCAUUAAAUAAUUUCAUCAACUGAUAGAGAACACCUUUUAUCAAAAAAUUGGUUCUUGGAGUUACUACAUGAAAUAUAAUCCUUGAAGGAACAUUCAGCUAUCUCAGCAACUCGGAGUAAUCCUCUAAUGAAUUGCAAAGUUUAUAUAAAAAAUGAAAUGAAAGGUACCUCCUACGACUCAACAGUAAGAGAACCUUAAACAUUAGUAAUAAAUCACUCUGUGGCAGUCCCGGGUAGAAACCAUUUACAUGAUAGUGAUGAAAUUUCGGAAACUUUCUCUGUACGUUUUCAAUUUGAGUGAUAUACUUACCAAAUAUUGGUCGCUACACUAUUGAAAACUUGUUUCGAGCGCACGUAACUAUAGUAUAUAAGUAUGCUUCCUUGCAAAAUCUCUAGAAUUUCUCACUAUGAAUCCCAGCAUUUUGAGUUCACUUCUACAGGCUUCAUCGACAUGAUUUGUGAAGGAGAAUUUUGUGUCAAACGUUACACUCAAGUCUUUAAAACUGUCAUAUUUUCUUAAUAAUAUGUGAUCCAGAUGGUACUUAAAAGUUAUAGUAUCAGUCUUCUUUGAACAUGUAAUUGCGAAACAUUUAUCUGUAUUCAGUGGUAGGUUAUUAGAAGCACACUAAGAUACCAAUAAUCUCCAAAUCAUUCUGCAGAGACACACAGUCAACGACACUAUCAAUUAUUCUAAACAAUUUGACAUCAUCAGCAAAGAGCAAAUUUUAACUAUCAAUAUUAGCUAGCAAUGUAAUUAAUGAAAAGCAAGAAUAUCAAUAGCGCUAAAUUGCUGAUUACCAAUUUACUAUUUUUUAAAUCCCUAAUAUUACUUCUCUCUCCUCUCUCUUUUGUUAAAUAGUCCCAGUUGGCCAUGACUUGUUUAAGCAAUAAUCAAAACAAGGUUUUAGUGCACUUUUCAGAGACCUAUUAUCCAACAAAAAAAAAUUAUCAAAAUCGAACCAUAAACAAAGAUUUUACAUGGGUGUACAGUUCCUAAGAGGGAUAGUCUGUGGUUAAAUAUACAUUUUUUUGCUUUCUCUUAAUUGAUUAAUUGGACCACGAAGUAAGCUUGCUUUCUGUUAUAUUUUUCUCCCUUUUUGGUGGUUCCUCUUAUACAAAGGCAUGACAGGCAAGGAAAAAUUUUUGCUAAAAUUCUCCCGUUGAAAUUAA